GGGGGGGGGGGGGGGAGACGUGACAAGACCCUCCGCACAAACUGGUUGGAAGGGACACACAGACAACCCCUGCGCCCCCAUGACCUGGGCUGCCCUCUUGCCCAUCGCCCCCCUUCUGCCCCCUUUUUGCAAGCAAAGGAAGGGGGAGGAGGGAGGGUACAAGGAUGAAGAGGACCGCCCCGGGAGGGAGGGGGAGAGAGAGAGGGAGAAAAAGGGGGGUAGCUUUGUUGGGGUGGGUAAGAGGAGGGGGGGGGGAAAGCGAAGGGCGAAGAGGUGAGGACUUCUUCUCGGCACCGGCGAAAACAUGCCGGCACACCGCGAGCGACGUCUGCCGCCCUCAUUCGCACACCUACCACCCCUGCACAUGCAUACACACAUCACGCCUGGCUCAGGCUAUCAGGAAGAAAGGACCUCCUCCAUGCUGGCCUCCUCACCGGACUCCAAGCCCAGGGACGGGCCGGAAAGGGGAACAGCAGUCCCGGCCUCGGCAGUGGCGGGCUUUCCCGGCGCCAGGAAGCCGCCAGCAUCGCCGGUGUCAGUGCCCCCAUCAACAACCGCCGGGGGGCUGGAUUCCGAGUCGACCGACGCAGCACCCCCUUCGGCCUCGGGGUGCGGCAGGCCAUCGCCGACGCUCGCGGCCGCCGUCACCGAGGACGAGGAAGAGCAAGAGGAAGAGCAAGAGGAGGAGGAGGGCGAUGGCGGCGAUGGCGAUGACGCAGCAGCCGCAGAGGACAUCUCCACCAUGGCCGGAGGGCUGCCGGUGUCGGCCGCCUUGUCGCCAGGCAGACCCUCGGCGUCAAUGGCAGGCAGAGCCCCCAUCGGGGUGGUGGCAGACGACGACGCGGCCUCCGGCUCGGUGGCGCCGGUCGACAGAUCGGCCUCAGGCGCGACAGACGCCGCCGUCGCCGCGGCGGCCACAACAACCGCCUCGGCAACCGGCAUGACCACCGGCAAGUCAACCGGCGCCACGAACUCCGUCAGCACAUUGCACAAGGCCCCCCCCCCGGGGGCGGGCGGCGCGUCGUCAGCCACCCCGGCAACACCGCCCCCAUGGCCGGCCUCGGUGCCAGCCACGCUCACCCCAUCCAGGGGCAGCAGGAGCGACGAGACGCCGGAAAAGUCGGCCCCAGACAGGCCAUCCACCCGGCGCAGGUAGAAGGUCACCGACUCGUCGUCAUCCUCAUGGUCGCCGGCGUCCAGAUCGCAAUCACUGAGCAUCAGGCUGAGGUUCAGCCGCGGCGACUGGCGAAUCUGAUCCAUGGUCAGUGACCCGGGCAGGUCCGUCAAGGAGGAAGUACGCGAGCUGGCCGACGACGAGGAAGCCAAUGACAGGAGCUGCUCCUGCACCAGCGGCGGCAGUGACUGAUGGGUGGCAGAAGACCCGCCGGUGGUGGGGGCCGGCUGCGACUGCUGCGGCUGCGGCUGCGGCUG